AGACACUAGUGACCUUCAGCUACUAGACCAUAAAAACAUUGUUCGAAAGCUCUGUUUUUGACACAAUCACUUGAAAUGAUUGUUCACUACAUUUUUUAAUCACUCAGGAGAAGGUCACAUGGCUUCUGGAAAUUCAAAAAGCGUAUCACCUAUCGCGAGAGUUAACUAGUUGAACUACUUCCAUUAACUGUCUUUCAAAAUGAGUGCCGACAAAGCAGACCCACCAUAUCCAAAGUCUCCAGAUUUGGACGGCCUUCCGCAACCAUUUCCCCCCCAAUAUACUGAUACGGUAGUUGUGGAACAGCCUUGUCCGAUAAUCACCGAUUCACAUUUUAUUCCCGGACCAGAUCCAGUAAAUACCGUGUGUCCAUACUGUCAUAAAGAUGUUACAACUCUUGUGACCUACAAAAUAGGAAUAUUAACAUGGGCGGGAUGUUUUGGGAUUUUUCUAGUUGGUGGGAUAUUUGGUUGUUGUCUUAUACCAUUCUGCUGCGAUUCCUGUAAAGACGCUGAUCAUCGUUGUCCAGUAUGCAAUCGUGAUUUAGGUUUAUACCGUCGCUGCUAGAAUCGAUAAUAAAGUAAAGUCAAUUUUAUCAGUCAAUCUUCAUUGACAUUACUUUUUUAUGCAGAUGAUAUUAUCAUUCAGAAAAUUUUAUUCAAUACAUUAUCUCUGGUGCUAAAGAUUUCAUUUCAUUUCGUAACGAAGGAAUUAAAGGGGGAUUGAAUGUUGAAUUUAAUCAUGGUCAUUAAAAUUACAAUAAAAUUUUCAUUUUCUUUGUAUUUUCGUGAAACAUAAAACGGUGAUUAAUAAUAUAAAUUGAAUGAUA